AGUUCCACCAUGUUCGGAAAGUACGAUGGCCGUCACCAGCAACAUAAAUGUGCGUACCGCUGGGGAGCUUCUCCGGUUAUUUCUUCGCUUUUUAUUUUUGUGCACUAAUAAAGACGCUAACACUAGUUUUGACUCUUUAAGGUUCACCCUGUGCACUCCAAAACGGAAAUGCAUCUCAAACGGACCAGCGUAAAUGACGUAGUUAAAAUUGUCAUUGGUCUUUUGGAAGCUAUCGUUAUACAAUCGAAAGUAAAUCGUGUAAUCUAUUGAACAUAGAUCAAAUGGCCUUGGUCAGUCUGCAGUAAGCAAGCUAACUAGCCUAUAGAGGUCUAUAAUGAAGCGACGACUCCGCAAGACACGGAGCACCGCCAAAGAAAUGAACGAUGAGGCUGAUAAUAAUGUGGAUGAUGUUGCACAUCCUGUGGAUGAUCUUGAUUCACUGAACCCAAGACUCAUAAGCUCACAAGAGGAGGUCACGGCCUCCUGUGAUGUUUUAGAUAUUGGCAAAGAUCAAGAAAAUACAGAAAGGAGGAACUCACUAAAACAAGAGGAAGAGGAUGAUAAAUAUCAUCCUGGUGGAGGUGACACUCCCUCAUCUCAUGAAAAAGCCCAGAGCUUAGCUUCUGCAGAGGGUCAUGACUCUUCCAACACUCGAGGAGAAGAUCAGAAGCAGCCUAAGAGCAAGGACAUAAAAGAUCAUCCACAGGAGGAGAGUAAAGAAGAUGAAGACCCAGAAAGAAGGAGCUCAGUCAAACAAGAGGAAGAGAAUACUGCAGGUGACAUUCACUCUGCAGAAGAAAGCCCUCCUACUGGAUUUGGUCUGGGCAGUAAGCAAUGGAUUUUGGCAACAUUUGUACUUGUGCUUGCUUUACUGGCAUCUUGGACGCUGACAUUCGAGUCUCCACCUGUGCAGAAGCAGUUUAACCUGACGUAUGUGUUCCAUCAAGAAAUGGACAAGGUUCAGUCUAGCUUCCCCAGCCAGCCCAGUGAACUCUGGAGGAGAAGCAGGAUUCACCUCCGGAGGCACCUCCAGAUGACCCAUCCCACUGAACCAGUGAGCCUUCUCUUAACCUCUGGUCGUGGGGCUGAGAAGACACUGGCCUGUCUUGCUCAGCGAUUAGCUGCAGCCUUUUCCACUGCACUCAAUGCUUCUGUCCUGGACAUUGAUGGGGCCAGCAAAACAAAACAAGACGCUGAACAGGUCAAACUGGACAUUGACAUAGCAUUGAAAGAGGCAUUUGAGGGUGGUAAGCGUUCUGCUAUUAUUCACCGUUUUGAAGAGCUUCCUCCUGGAGCCACGCUCAUCUUCUACCGCUACUGUGACCAUGAAAACGCUGUCUAUAAGAAGGUCUUCCUCAUGUUUACUGUGUUGCUAGAUAACUUGGAACUCUCACCCAACAUUAGUCUGGGAUUAGUGGAGGAGAUGGUUCAAGAAUAUUUAAAAAAUAAGUUUAUAUCCUCCGACAGGACAGCAACGUUUAAUCAGAUGGAUGUAGACAAGCUGAGUGGACUGUGGAGCAGAAUUUCCCAUGUUAUCCUGCCAGUGGCUGCAGAGAACACAAUUGAACAGCAGGGCUGCAGGGAGAGAGGAUGACUUGCUUUGAACUGAGUGUAGGACAAAAGAAGCUCUUUGUACUAAAUUCAUUGCUCUUGAGGGAAAUUGCUUCAGGGAUUUGCUGCUUUUACCUCUCUUUAAAUGGCUCCCAUUCUUCCAAGCUGGACACUAUGUGUGUAUGUGUGUAUAUAUGUGUGUGUGUGUGUGUGUGUGUGUGUGUGUGUGUGUGUGUGUGUGUGUGUGU